AUGGUCAGUUCCAGCAAAUCAGCUUCACGGCUGCCUCAGCCCUACCACCUGGUUCCCUUUCAAGUCCCCAGUCGUGACGUAGUGGCCAAGAUCAAGAUGAAACACCUUAACUCCCCUGCGGGUGACAACAUUCCUAUUUAUAUCUUCAUCCUCCUCUUUGCAAUUGUCCUCAGUUUCCUGGCCACUACCGAUUUCAGACCUCGAUCUGUUAAACGUGAACAAUAA